AUGAGUAUGAAAAUCACAAAACGAAUAUUGUAUGGGAACGAAGCGACUCCAUUAAAAAAGAUGAUAGGACCGAAUUCCCAUAAUUGGACACUAUUUGUACGAGCAUUUGAAGAAGACGAUUUAGAUGUCUAUAACAUGAUCGAGACAGUGAUAUUCCACCUUCAUGAAUCCUUUCCCAAUUCACAUCGUCGAGUUGUAAGUCCGCCAUAUACAGUGACAGAGAAUGGGUGGGGUGAGUUUGAAGCGUUAAUAGAAAUCGUAUUUAAACAGAAUUUAGGAUCAAUCACACUGAAACAUUUCAUCGUUUUAUUCAAUCAAGACAAAGUGAAGAAAAGUGUUGUUUCACACGUCUGCUUCGAUCAAAUUAUUAUCGUCAACCCUCCAGAGGAGUUUGUAAAAUUGACAUUGGCUCCAAUAGCACCAGAGUGGAAGGCAACUCUCAAAAGUACGUCCGGAUUCCAAGACGAAAAAGAUGCACUCAAGAAAGUGCAAAGUAAAUUGCAAACAGAACUGCAAAAUCUCGAAAAGGAAUAUCACACCCUCCUCAGCUCCGCCUGCAAAAAAACAAAUUUAUUGACUGAAUAA